AUGGGAACAGAUAAAGAUAAAAAAGGCAACUUUAUAAAUGUAAUGCUCUCAGAUCAUGAUGGUCCAUAAUAGAAAAUCGGAUUGCCUGCUUAGUAUUCUCAAUUCCAAUAAAUCUUUAACAAAAUGACAGCAUUCAAGGCUAAUUUAAGACCAACUAUCGAUGAAUUGAAAGGAGAAUUUCUUAAACUGGUUCAAGAUAAACAAUAAUACUACAAAAACUCAAAUGCAGCUAUUCAAAAAGAACGCUGA